CGGUGCCUGCCCGGUGCGCUGGGGCAGGGAUGGCGGCGGCUCGAUUUGGGAGCGAUACCGCGUUGAAUUUGACUUUUCCGGGCCCGCCGAGGGUAAACUCCCACGUCCCGGGGACCGCAGCGAUUAUUUACAGGGAGUGCGCCGACCAAACACAACAGUCUAAUUUAACCUUUCCAAGUCCUCAUAAAUUUUUACAGCUGGGAGCCAGAGCGAGGCAAAGGAAUCUGUCGGUCGUCGCCGACUUCCCACCGGCCCGUGUGGCUUCGGAAACAAUAACUCCUUAUGAAAUAUCAUAAAUAUAGAUUUAAAUACAGUAGAGCGAGAAUGCGAUUUGGCUGCUUUUUAUGGCUUCAAUUAUUGUCUAAUUUUAUGUGAGGGGCUCCACUGGCCGCACCCGCACUCGGGACCCGCGCCUUCCUGAUGGCGUGAUUAAUUGUGGUAUAAAAUAGUCCGCUUAAGAAGCGUGUGUGUGUGUGUGUCCGUGUGUGUGUGUGCGCGCGCGCGUGUCUGGUGGGGUUGGGGGGCAGGGGAGGAAACAGAGACAAAGCCAGGGUUGAUCUUUUAAUCUUCGUUGGCCACAAUUAAAACAAACCCGAUCGUGGAGCGGCGCGAUCCCUUUGCAUAAAAACAUAUGGCUUUUGCUAUAAAAAUUAUGACUGCAAAACACCGGGCCAUUAAUAGCGUGCGGAGUGAUUUACGCGUUAUUGUUCUGCCGGGCGGGCACGUGACGCGCGCGGCCAAUGGGGGCGCGGGCGCUGGCGACUUAUUAGGUGACUGUACUUCCCCCCUGGUGCCACCAAGUUGUUACAUGAAAUCUGCAGUUUCAUAAUUUCCGCGGGUCGGGUUGGGCCGGCCGGGCGCGGGGCACGGCGAUGGCCACCACCGGCGCCCUGGGCAACUACUACGUGGACUCGCUCCUGCUGGGCGCGGACGCCGCCGACGAGCUGGGCGCCGGCCGCUACGCGCCGCCGGGGGCCCUGGGCCAGCCCCCGCGGCAGGCGGCCGCCCCGGCGCUGACCGAGCACCCCGACUUCAGCCCGUGCAGCUUCCAGUCCAAGGCGGCGGUGUUCGGCGCCUCGUGGAGCCCGGUGCACGCGGCGGGCGCCAGCGCGGUGCCUGCGGCCGUGUACCACCACCACCACCACCACCACCCCUACGUGCACCCCCAGGCGCCCGUGGCGGCGGCGGCACCGGACGGCAGGUACAUGCGCUCCUGGCUGGAGCCCACGCCCGGCGCGCUCUCCUUCGCGGGCUUGCCCUCCAGCCGGCCUUACGGCAUUAAACCUGAACCGCUGUCGGCCAGAAGGGGUGACUGUCCCACGCUUGACACUCACAAUUUGUCCCUGACUGACUAUACUUGUGGUUCUCCUCCAGUUGAUAGAGAAAAACAGCCCAGCGAAGGCGCCUUCUCCGAAAACAAUGCUGAGAAUGAGAGCGGCGGAGACAAGCCCCCCAUCGACCCCAAUAACCCGGCGGCCAACUGGCUGCACGCGCGCUCCACGCGGAAGAAGCGCUGCCCCUACACCAAGCACCAGACGCUGGAGCUGGAGAAGGAGUUCCUGUUCAACAUGUACCUCACCCGGGACCGCAGGUACGAGGUGGCGCGGCUGCUCAACCUCACCGAGAGGCAGGUCAAGAUCUGGUUCCAGAACCGCAGGAUGAAGAUGAAGAAGAUCAACAAGGACCGGGCGAAGGACGAGUGACGCCCUGCGGGGUCGCGUGGGAAAGAGCGAACUAGAGAGAGAGAGAGAGAGAGGAGAGGGGGCAGCGGCUCCCUCUCUCAGUCCCAGCCCGCACAACGCGGCUCUCCACCCCUGCCUCUGCUCUCCCCCGGCUCCUAGGCCGUUCUUUUUGAUGCAGGAGGUAUUGUAAGCUUUCCAUUUUCUGUAAGACACCCAAACACACGAGGAAAAAAAAAAAAAAAGAAA